AUGGCAAGCCAUCCGCUGGACACGGCAUCUUGCCCCAGCCGCUUUUGGCUACUCUGGCUUUGGCCACUCCUGCGCAAGGGGUCGCAGAAGCCCCUCAAAGAAGAGGAUAUGUACGAGAUUCCUGAGUGCCUGCGCACCGCAGCUCUGGACCCAUGCUGGUUUAACCAUCUGAACAAGAUGAAGGUCGAGGGACGGGCAGGUCGCGCCUCAGUCCUGCGGCUGCUGAUGCGGACCUUCGGAUGGAGAUACGUAUUCAUCCUGGUAACGUUUUCCGUCUGGCUCGCAAGCUUAUCGCUGCUGCCCUUCCUCACCGAAAGCCUGUUUGAAUGGCUUGCAGAAGGCAGCAGCAUUGCCGCCGGACUGGGAUGGUGUGCAGUCCUCGUGGCAAGCUACCUCGUGAACUGCAAUGCAGCUUGCCAGUGGUAUCAGCAGACCACCUUCCUGGGCUGUGAGCUGCGUGCCUCCGCAGCUAUGCUUGUCUUCCGCCGGGCACUGCAGCUUCAGGUCCAGGAUUCGGACAAGGACGUGGCACUAAACCUGAUGCAGGUAGAUGCUGAGAGACUGUACAUCUUUGCGCAGUUGAACCACUUGCUGUACGUGGCCCUUGUCGUGCUGGUUACGACAUCGGCAUACUUGAUAGCACUGGAGGGGCCCGCGGUGGCGGCGAUGGCAAUGUCCGUUGUGAUUGCGACCCUGCUUCUCCAGAGCCUCGUGAGUCGCCGGGCGUCCCCGGCGCGGCGAAGGAUGCAGCAGUGCUCCGACGAGCGCAUCUCACUCUUGGCCGAAGUGCUCGAUGCGGUGCGGGUUCUGAAGAUGUAUGGCUGGGCCCAGUAUCUGCAAGGCCGAAUCGAGGAAAUCCGACGACGCGAGCUUCGUUCGGCCUCCCUCUACCUGGGCCUCAGGGCCUUCAGCAGUGCUCUGCUCUACUGCUCGCCCCUGCUUUCGAUGUUGGCCGUCUUGACCAUGAUGCAUUUACAGGACAAAGAGCUCUCUGCAGAGCGAGUCUUCCUGAUAUUCACCACCGUUGGUUUGGUGCGUGCUCCACUCGGAGGCGUGGCGAUGGGCUUCACGGCUGUGGUGGAUGGGCUUGCAGCUUUUCGCCGUCUGAACGCUUUCGUCAGCCAGCAAUCCUUCGACCUGUACGAGAAGGACCUUCAGCCUCAGGAGCCCGAAGCUGCGGAGAAAGAUGUCUCCGCAAAGGCCGAGCUUCAGGGAAGCUUCGUGCACGGCCACGGCCCGGAGAGCUCAUUUGAAGCCUUCGAGCUCAGCGCCGACCUGACCCUCCAGCCUGGCGAGCUCGUGGCGGUCUGUGGCCGAGUGGCCUCGGGAAAGUCCUCGUUGCUGCUGGGGCUUCUGGGCGAACUCCGUCGAGUUGGUGGGCGUCAGUCGCUGCCUGCAGGCGUGGCCUACCUGGCCCAGUCGCCAUGGAUCCGCAGCGGCACGGUUCGGGAUGUGGUGGUUCAAGAACUGCCUUUUGAUGAGAAGCAGUACUGGCACGCGAUCCGCGCCGCCCAGCUCGGCCCAGACCUGCGUGAAUGGCCUGGUGGAGACCGCCACGCCGUGGGUGCACGCGGUGCAACGCUCAGUGGCGGCCAGCGGACCAGGUUGGGCCUCGCGCACGUCCUGUACCGCUGCCUGGUCUCGGAAGUGCGGGUUGUGCUCUUGGACGACUGCCUGGCAGCCGUGGACCCACACGUGGCCAGGGCCAUUUGCGAGGAAGCCCUGCUAGGUGUUCUGCUGCAGGGUCAGAGAUCCGUGGUCAUGGUCAUGAACUCCAACUUUGUGGCCCUGCGAGCGGCCUCCCGGAUCGUGAACAUGGAGCAAGGGCGGGCAUCCGUGUACAACAGCGCGGAUGCUUGGAUAGCGGACUGCUCCAAGGCUACGAGGGAGGCCUGUCUUCAGACCUUGGCCGAUAUCCAGGCGCGGCCACCGUCUGAUGCAGGCAGCGACUGUUUCGAAGAGGAAGGCGACGUUCUGGAAUGCUCGGAGCAGUCGCGCACAGGCAUGCUCAGUACCAAGACUCUCACCUACUAUUUCGGGUCGGGACGGCAUUCGGCAGGAGUCAUCUUCUUGUGCUUCAUUGUCACGAGCAUGCUCUCAGUCGAAGGUCUCCGAAUCUAUUCCGACCAUUUCAUGGGUAUCUGGGCUGCCCGGGAUACUGCAAACACUGCGGAAGAGUCUAGAAGCGACUUCCAGACGUUCUGCUUCUGGGUUCUGCUGGCUGUUCUUGGUGCAUUUCUUCGGGGCUGGCUGGUGGUCUAUGUGGCACUGAAGUCCUCGGAGAACAUUCAUCGCCGACUUCUGGCGCGGCUGAUGUCAGCUCCCAUCGGGCUCUUUGACACCACACCGCGUGGGCGCAUCCUCGGACACUUCUCGAAAGACUUGGACGCCGUGGAUGCCCUGCUCCCCCAGUACUUGCUGGACUUCCUGCAGGACAUAACAAUGCUCCUGGGCAUUGUGGUCGUGUGCGUCUGGUCCACGCCCCUCGCCGCAGUUGCUGUCGUCCCGGUCUUGUUCGGUUUUUACAAGAUCCGGCAUUUCUUCAGCCGCACUGCACGCGAGGCCAAGCGUCUCGAUGGCGUGACGCGGGCACCGCUUUACUCGGCCAUGGGUGACGUGGCGGACGGCUUGGCCACCCUGCGGGCACACGGGCAGCAGAAGAGCUUGGUGCAGCAGUUCCAGUCGCUUCUCGACCGGAACGGCAAGGUCUUCUUCCAGACCUACAUCCUCCAGCCCUGGUGUAUCCUGGUCCUGGACAGCCUGGGAUCUUGCAUUGUUUGCAUCGCCUCCGUGUUUUGCGUCUUGCUCCGUGACAGUCUUCCAGCCAGCACCUCCACGAUGGCCAUCUCCUAUGCCUUGAUGACGAGAGGGAAACUGCAAUUCUGCAUCCGACUCUCCAUCGAGGCGGAGAACCAGCUGGUGGCAGCAGAAAGGCUAGCGCAGUUCGAGGCGGUGAUUCCUAGCGAGCCGGUGGAGGGCAGGCCCCCGCCCGAAGACUGGCCACUGGAAGGCAAGAUCUUCUUCGAACAUGUUUCCAUGCGCUAUCGUGCCGACCUUCCCCAGGCAGGAGCCGGCACGACACGCAUACACAUCUUUUUCUAG